UGGGUGCUGGUGGUUUGUUCAUGUUGAAACUAUUCUCUCGCCCGGUGUUCCGGUUCUCUCCAGUAGCUCAUUUUAAUUCUUGUACAAGAAACAUGGGAAAAUUGAAGAACCAUCUCCCCGAUAGGUGGACAGAGUAUACCUCAGUUGGAAAACGCAUACCAGGGACACGUUUUAUCGCUUUUAAGGUUCCUUUGACGAAAGCCUUUGAUUGCAAACUAGAAGAGUGGCAGCGUUUUUCACCUUUAGAUCUUAUCCAAGAAGUUCAAAAUCAGAAUGAGGAACUUGGGCUUAUUGUGGAUUUAACGUAUACUACAAGAUACUACUCUCCAAAAGUCUGUUUUCUGUAUGCUGUUCCCUUCAGCAAAUAUCCAGCUGGAAUUGCCAAAGCGUUACAUUAUGCCAAACUUUACACAGGUUGGGACAUGACAGAUAAACUUAUUGGAGUCCACUGCACUCAUGGCCUGAAUAGAACUGGAUACUUAGUGUGUAGGUAUCUGAUUGAUGUUCUUGGCAUGGUACCCUCAGAAGCAAUAGAAAACUUCAACAGAAGCCGAGGACAUUGUAUAGAACGGAACAAUUAUCUUGAUGACCUAACACAUGGAAAAAAGAGAAACAACUCUGAAUUAGACUAUCCCAAGCUCCCUCAGGCCACAUAUCGGCAGCACUCACCAAAUGGUAUUACUGCAGCCCCUGCAUGUCAUCGGCCUUUACGUCCCCAGCAUGAGCAGCAGCGAUGGCCUUCCAGCAACUCUGAAUUAGACUAUCCCAAGCUCCCUCAGGCUACAUAUCGGCAGCACUCACCAAAUGGUAUUACUGCAGCCCCUGCAUGUCAUCGGCCUUUACGUCCCCAGCAUGAGCAGCAGCGAUGGCCUUCCAACCAUUUCCGUAUGGAUCAAGCCCCUGUUCCCAGGUUCCCGGUACACACUCAUCCGUACCCUCCUAUACAUAACAUGCCACCAACCAUGCACCGUUUUCCACCUAUGGCAGAUGAUCCUCACAGAUACUCAAGAGGCAUGAACAGAGGCAGAUACCACAGUAGAAACAGAUACCAAAACAGGAAUGCUGAUCCAUAUUAUUUUGAAACCAGUACUGCACCCAGGAAUCCCCAUCCAGUUCGAGGUCCUGAUGCACAAUGGUCAGGAAACAGGAGACCUUACAAUAGGCAUCCAAAGCCGGACAGAGGAGACAAAUAUCCAGUAUAACAAAAAAACUCCUUAGUCUUCUUAAAAUACUUUGCCUUAAUUUCAUUUUCACCAUUUUUUUUUAGAACUUUUUAUCAAAUUAUGAACCAUUAGGCUUUUAAAAAAUAUAUACAACUGGGACAGAGAAAAAAAUCAUUUAGGCCUGAACAAACGUUUUUUGUGCAUUAUAAACAGAAAAGAGCUUGCUAAUUUUUUGGCAUGAAGGGCGUCUGAUUUCCUGUAAACAUUUUAUUUGAAUUAUGUAUUUAUUGGUGUGCAGUAAUAUUUUGUCUGCGCAUGCAUUUUAUUGGUUGAUUACUCUUGUGUGAAAAUCCUGUUUUAAACUUAUUCCUACUUGAUUACAGAUGUACAUUUUUCAUUAUUUGUCUGACUUCUGCUCAAACAUGUUUUAUUCCUAAUGAGACAGACUGAACACUAUAGACAUUUAAAGUUACAAAUUGUUUAUUUCCUUGAUACAUGUUAAUAUUCUUUAUAAAUUUACUGGAUUGCCUGAGAA